AUGUCUUUCAAAGCUAAUAAGUUUCCAGUCGUUGUGGCAGCGAAAAGCAUAUCAGAUGCGUCCAAGACGUCCACGUUCCCACCGGAUCCAAACUCUUCAGAGUCUACCAUCAGCACUGUACAACGCGAAAUCCAAGAGAAUGGCGGCGAAGCGAAGAGCGUACAGGUUGACACCAGAGAUUUCGCAAGCGUGACAAACAUGGUGGAUUCGACAGUAAAAUCGUAUGGCCGCCUCGACGUGAUAGUGUAUAACUCGGGGGCGAUUUGGUGGUCAUCGGUGGAGAAGACUCCCAUGAAACGGUUUUUGCUGAUGCAACAAGUAAACGUUGAAGGCUUAUAUGGUACUGUUCAAGCGGCCCUGCCGCAUUUCAAGAAAAGUAAUUGGAAAGCCCGAAUCAUUGUUGUUAGCCCGCCGAUCUAUUCGAGAUUCUUUCGAGGGAAGACCGCAUAUGCGAUGGGAAAAGUGGCCAUGUCGGUACUAACAAAAGGCCUUGCCAUGGACUGGAUAAGGGAGGGAAAGCGUGAGAUGGCUAUCACGAGCAUCUGGCCUGCAGCCACGAUCUUCUCCGAUGCCAUUCUGGCCAUGCUUCGCGCCCCUGCCGAAGAGGUUAACGGCUGUCUUGAAUUAGACGAAGAUUUCCUUCGCAAGAAGGGCGUUUCUGACUUCUCACAAUAUAGCCUUGUCCCUGGAGCCAAUCCACGGCGAAUUAUGCCAGCUCAACUACCGGAUUUAACGGUUGCUGAGCAGAACGAUGAAGGACGCCGGGUAGACAGUACUGAACUCCGUCGUGGCUCGAAGAUAUAG